AUGGCCUCAUCGAACGAUACAGAGGCGGAAUCUCUGCAGAAAAAACUUCGCUCUGCGCUAUGGUUCCAGAUCGGAAAGAUGGUCGAUGAAGAGAGUAUCAAUCUCGGGGUCAAUGCGACACCCCAAUUCAUCGGCAGUCUGAUGGAGCUCGUGUGGGCACAAAUCGGAAAUGCCGCUGUCGACCUCGAAGCGUUUGCCAAACACGCAGGAAGAUCUACGAUCAAAACGGACGAUGUCAUGCUGCUUACUCGGCGGAACGAAGGGCUAGAGCAGCUCCUCCGCGACGAACUGAAGCGUCUCGAGCAAUCAAAGUCCAAGAACGAUAAGGCCGGAUGA